AGAGUUUAGACAAGCGGAGGGAGCAAAAUGGCGGACGAAGAUAUUACGCUUGAUGGAAAACCUCUACAGUCGCUCCGAGUUGCGGAUUUGAAAGCUGCUUUGGAGCAAAGAAACCUCCCAAAAAGCGGACAGAAAAACACACUUAUUAAGCGACUUAAAGGGGCUCUAAUGCUGGAAAACCUGCAGAAGUCAUCUUCCUCUCACAUUGGACUACAACCAAACUCUCAGAUUGGGGAGGAGAUGUGCCAGAACAGUUUCAUAAAACAGUAUCUGGCCAAGCAACAAGAGCUCCUUCGUCAGAGACUGGAAAGAGAGGCUCAGGAAGAAGAAGACGGUGAUGAAAGCCCAGCUGGACCAGAGGAUGAUGACGACCACUCUGAAGACGACAGCUCUUCUUAUGCCUCUGAUAAGCAGCAUCGAGCCAUUCUUCCUCAGCCUUCUGUGGCCAAGCCUGAUGUUAGAGGAGAAGAUUUUAAGAUGGGUCAUGGUUCUAGUCAUAGUUUGCUCCACCAGCAGUCCUCCCUGGUUCCAGGAGCAAGAAUGCAACGCACCAUGUUUCAGCAAGGACACAAAGAACCACCAGCCCCCUCCCCUCCCCGUGCCGUAGCUUCCUUGUCAGUGCGUGUCCUGGGACAACCUGACAGCCAAGGAUUGCCCCCUGCUGCACCCAGAGCCCAGGAGAAAGAGGGCACCGCACCAGGUGAACCUGGAUCAGCUCAUUCUGUUCUUCACCUCAGUCGAUCGGCCAGGGGUUCAGCAGGAAAUCAUGUUCCCGAUGACAGUGAUGACGAUGAUGAUGGAGAUGAUGAGAGUGACGAUGACGAGGAUUGGGGACCUGGUCUUGGUGGGGAUCGAAGGGGAAAGAAGGCGCCACCUCCCAUGCUGCAGAUGGCCCCCAGUGUCCCAUCUGCAGCUGCAAGAUCCAAACGCAAGCUUCAGCCUCCACAGCACAUCCCACCACCACAGGUGCACCACCUGCGCCAUCCCACGCCUCCUCCCUCUCCACCCCCUAACCUGUUCCCCUUACCUGACACUCCCAAGCAAAGCCCGCCAGACACAGACGAUCAAGAAGGAGACGGCCCCCAGGCUGCACGUGGCCCAGGGGGGGUGUCUUUCCCACCCCACACCAUGCAGAGGCAAGAUUCUGACUCAAGCUCUCGGUCCAGCAGCCCUGAACCUCCUGUAAAGCGCAGGCCUGGGCCCCUUUCCCUGCUCGUACACAAGAUGGAGUCAGAGGAGGCAACCUCAGCCUUCCGAAUGUCAGGAGAGACAGCACACUCCACUGCUGGGUGUUCCAGUGGAUCUCAACUGCAAGGAUCAGAAGCAAAGAGGCAACAACUGAGCAGAGAUAUAGAGGAGGAAAAACGACUGAAGGCGGAGAAGGAAAGAGACCGACAACAGGAACUGGAGAGAGAAAAAAGGAAAAUGCAGGAACAGGAAAGGGAAAGGAAACACUUGGAGGAAGAAGAGGAAAAGAAGAGAAAACAACAGGAAGAGGAACAUGAAAGAGAGAGAAAACGCCAGGAAGAAGAAAAAGAGAAAAAACACCAGGAUGAAGAGAAGAGAAGGGAGGAAAAAAGGAUAAGAGAGGAACAGGAAAAGAGACAAGAGAAAGCCAAUAAAGACCGAGUGGUGGUGACUAAGGUUCAAGAUUCAGAUUCCUCAUCAGAUUCUGACUCCAAAUCAGACUCCUCAUCAAAGUCAUCGUCCUCCUCCACGGAUAAAAUCCAACUCUCCAGUCAGAUGAAGAAAGCAUACGAAGAGCAAGAGGUGGAGGAUGACAAAAAGUCUAACUUAAGUAAGGGGUCGGAGAAACGAUACCUUUCAAAAAGAGAGGUGUCGGAACCCAGCACAGCAGCUGUGACAGAGGUGGAACCAGACUCUGAGAGCUCCAUGGCACAGCAGCCAGCCUCUGGGGCUCAGCCAGAGAACAGUGAGAGCCGCCCGGAAGAGAGUACCACUCCUAAGGCCUUUGCUGCCCGCAAGAUAUCCUUAACCAGCAGCAAAGCCUCUCCAGCCUCCACGGAUGGAGGAGCAGGAGAGCUUGACACGGUAAAUGCAGCAGGGAGGAAGAGGCGAUGGGGUUCCAGCACAGCCGUCACUGCUAAGAAACCGUCUAUCAGCAUAACCACAGACUCUCUGAAGUCUUUAAUUCCGGACAUUAAAAUGAACCAAGAAGCAGUUGUGGAGCUUCAUCCAGAAGAGCUGCAGCUGUCUGGGGAUGAAGAGAACUUGGACACCGGCCGGGAAGACCCAGACAAAGGCCUCAAGAUCCGCCGCACCGUCACACAGGUGGUCCCAGGUGACAGCCAGGAAAAUGGACAGACAAAUGAAGAAGAGGAACAGGUGGAGAAAAUAGAGAGAGAAAAACAACACAGGACUUCCAGAGACAAAAGGAAGAGCAGUGUGUCCGAGGAAGCCUCAGAGACACAGAAAUCUGUAAAUCUCGAUGGAGAAACAAAGAAAGUAACUCCCAGCGACAGUCUGGUGCGCCGCUCCAUAAGUCAACAGAAUUCUGGUGUGUCUGUUACGAUCGACGAUCCUGUUCGGACGACCAGACAGCCCUCGCCCCCUCGGGGGAAAGUUUCGAACAUCAUUCAUGUUACGAAUCUGGUACGUCCUUUCACCCUGCUGCAGCUCAAAGAGCUGCUGAACCGGACAGGUAGUGUGGUGGAGGAGGGCUUCUGGAUUGACAAGAUCAAGUCUCAUUGCUAUGUCACAUACGCAACAACAGAGGAGGCAGUCUCAACCAGAGCAGCGCUACAUGGAGUCAAAUGGCCUCCUAGUAAUCCCAAGGUGCUUAACGUGGACUUCUCUGAGCAGGAUGAGCUGGACUUCCACAAAGGUGUUGUGAAGCCUAAGAAAGAAGAGGACCAACCCGUCCCUGUAAGUGCCCCUCAGACCCGACUACCUCCGCUGAUGCCUGAGCGUGAGCGGGACAGAGACAGGGAGCGUGAUCGGGACCGGGAACGGGACAGAGGAGUACGGGAUUUGUGGGCAGAGCGACAGAGGGAGAUGGAGCGCCGAGAAAGGGCGCGAGGUGAGCGCGAAUGGGACCGGGACAAGAUCCGUGAAUUUGCCAGACCAGGGGAGGAUGAACGAAAAUCCAGAUCCAGAGAUAGAGAGAGGAGGAGGAGAGAGAGGGCCAAGAGCAAGGAGAAGAAGACUGAAAAGAAAGCAGAAAAGGGAGAUGAACCUCCAGCCAAAUUACUAGAUGACUUGUUCCUCAAGACCAAAGCAGCUCCAUGUAUAUACUGGCUUCCUCUCACCGAGGCACAGGCAGCACAGAGAAUCAUAGACCGCACAGAACGGCAAAAGGAACGCGAACGAAGGCGCAAAGAGCAAGAGGAGGAGGACAAAAAACGUGAUGAGGAGAAAAAAGACCGGCUAAAAGGCCGGGAGAAGGAUGGCAGCGCAGCAGCAGGCGGCGUAGCAGCUGGGCGGGCAGCCGAUGGAGACCGUGGUCGAGACAGAGAAGGGGACAAGAAGAAGGACAGCAGCUAUCGGUCCAGACGACCCUCACAAGGUGCUGGUAGCGGACGCCGGUCUCGUAGUCGAAGCAACCCAAGGGAUAGACGUCGCUGAGGGCCUGCAAGCUGCAGGGAAUGCUGAAGAAAGAGAGGAAGACAGACUGGCAGAUAACGCAGCAGACAGGAAGUCUGGAGAAAGAGUGUUUCCACUUGGAGAAGCAUUUCUCUCACCUCGUGUUCAAUACUCCUUGCAACCUGCCCUGUUGUGCUUUAAUUCAUCCGUUUUGGCGCCAGCAUUGUCUUCCACACAUUUCUAUUUUCCCCUUUCCUUUUUAAUGUUGGCACAAAAAUACACAUUAGUUCUUUUUUUUUUUUACUAUUAUUAGGAAAAUGUCAAUUCAACUAGCUCCAGUCUAUUCACUUCUUUGUCUCUGAGGCUAAAUUCAGUCCUUUCUCCUGUAGAACACAGUAUUCUUCCUCAUCUCUGUAAUGCUGUUAACUCUGAAGAAAAGUAGCCGAGGGCGGCUUUUUUCUGGCUCCCCUCUUAAUUUUGUCCCACUGAGGUUUUGGAACCCGCCUCAUUACUUUAGUUAUGUGGCUACAGUUCCUUCCUUCCUCUGAACCCUGUAAUAAAACCAGUCUAAAAUAGAUCCCUGACCAUGACUUCAACAUAAUUUCAUGAAUCCGUUUCAAUGUUCAACUUUUCAGCACUAAGUUUUAUAUAUCUAAAUGUAUGUAUACUCUACAAAAUUUACAGGCAAUCCUUUGUCGAAGUGAAAAUUUUAUUUUUGAGUUUUAUGGAUUGUGUUAAUUUUUCAGCCAUGAAGGGUUAUGUUGUAGCAGGUGAGUAAUAACCCACGUCUCCCAUCAAAGGCUGUUCUCAACACUGUAGAAGUAAGAUAGGAAGUGAUGCGUUACGAUGUCGGAGAUUGGGUUUAAUGGAUGUUUUUGGGGACAUGGAGAAGGCGUGUAAUUGUUUGAUUACUCUGGGAUGCUGAUCUUCCCUGCACUGAGGUCUCCAUUUGAAAAUGCCUCCUCUGGCUUUAUUAAGAGGUUAAAAAAAUUAAAAAGAAAUUUUAUCUUCUAAUAGAGUAACGGUUGCAAUUUUAAUUCUUUUCAUUUUGGUUUUAGUUCAAGUUAGAAUUUUGUUGCCGUUUUCUCCUCAAAGUGCUGAAUGUACUGAGAAUUUAAGAAAUAAAAAAUUGGUUUAUCACA